AGUGCCUCUUAGAGGCAGAGUUGGUGUUUGAGUGAUCAUUGCUGGGGAGCAAGAAUGAACCCUUGGAUGAAUAAAUGCUGAAAAAGGUUAACUUGGUAUGUUCGAUGCCAUGGGGGCUGCUGGAUCCGCAGACGACAUCAACGCCAUGGAAAUUCACCACUGGUACACAAAGUUUAUGAAGGAGUGCCCAUCUGGACAACUUUGCCUGCAUGAAUUUAAACACGUCCUGGAUCUACAUGGACUGACUCCAGAAGCUAACAACUAUGUUGAGCAAGUAUUUUAUACAUUUGACAUGAAUAAGGAUGGAUUUAUAGACUUCUUGGAGUUCAUAGCUGCAAUAAAUUUGGUUAUACGAGGGAAAAUUGAUCAGAAACUGAAAUGGUAUUUUAAGCUCUAUGAUGCUGAUGGCAAUGGAUGUAUUGACAAGAAAGAACUAUUAAGCAUAUUCACGGCUAUCCAGGCUAUUAAUGGCUACACAGACAUGACUGCUGAAGAGUUCACAAACAUGAUAUUCCAGAAGAUAGAUGUCAACAAUGACGGGGAACUGACUUUAGAAGAAUUUAUCAAUGGCGUGGAGAAGCAUGAGGACCUAAUGGAAUUGAUUACGAAAAGUUUUGACCUUUCCAACGUACUCAAAGUCAUACAGAAUGGCAGGAGACACAGCAUCUGAAGGAUCCAGUGGCAGAGAUCAUCUGUGUCAUCAUUUCAGAUGACAGAUUUCAGAGAGCUUGAUGUUGCCCGAGUCAGCCCAGGCAAUACCAAGCAGCCUGCUCCAGGAGUAACAUUUUCACUCUCGACUCUGUCCUGCUCCUUUUCUCCUCUUUACUCAUUCCCUUGCUAAUGACUGUGGCAGCCAUAGACCAAAAACUUUUGCCUACACACAACAGAAAAUCCAGCACAAAUAACUUUUUUUGGGGGGUCUCUAUGAACACCGCUCAGAGUAAUCAAUAAAGCAAUGAAAGUAUUGCAAGAUGCAACCUUUCUAGAAGACAUGGAGCUAAUCCAUUUCUAAGCACAAGCUCUUUAUUCUGCUGUCUAAAGUGUGGAUAUAAACUUCUAGGGAGGAUGGGGUUCUAUCAGGAUCAAUUAAGAAAGCAGCCUACUUUGCAAGUAAUAUCUGCUCUGAUCAGGACACAAAAUUGAAGUAGGUUCCUUGGGAAACACCUCAGUCUCACAUUCCCAAGAUGCUUGCUCCUAACUAAGCAAGGUG